CAAAAAUCCUCGGAGUUAUCUACCGUUGUGACUCUGCAAUCGCUUUCUUUCCCUUCCAUCAACCUCCAUUUCUUUACCUCAGAUCCUCCAUUUUAUAUAUAUCUCUCUAAAUAACCCUCUGACAUUCCGUUCCUCCUUGUUUUACUCCCCUUUCCGGCCAUGUCGGAUCAGUCAACCCACCACCAGUAUUCCGAGCCCAUUAAUGGGUUCAAACCCUUAUCUAACGCCGGCGGGUUUUCCCUACCUGCUUCUGAGCACGAUCUCUCACGGUUGACUGAACAUGCUGAGGCGAUCAUUGCGAAUGGUCUGCCCUUAGAGGAGGUUGAUGAGGACGACGAGGAGGAAUAUGAGGAUGCCGAUGAGGACUAUGUCGCGGUGGAUCAUGACGAUUUGAACGAAUACCCUUACUGGUUCCGCCGCCCACCCGUGCAUCACCCCUCGAAGUUGGACGAUUUGCAUCCCUUUGUACAAGUCUUGACGGAGUCGAAUGUGGAUGAUUGUAUUCUGGUCGAGGAGGCAUUCCCCGAACACGAACGCUGCACCCGGGAGAAGUUCACAUAUCGUCUUGGAAGAUGUCCCGAACUUUGUCUCGGCCUGUUUACCCUUCCAAUCAUUGACGAGGGAGAGCCGAAACCUCGCCCGACUCUGGUGGGACAUAUUAUUGCUACACGAACAUCGACCCCCCAUGUGACAGACAAGUCUAUGGAACUUCCAGCGAAUUGGAAGACUGAGCGCUUAACCGUGGUAGACGGACAGACCGUUGGCCAUGACGAAUACGGCUCUACGAUUGCUAUUCACUCGCUGGCGGUCUUGCGCGAACACCAAGGCAAACAAGUGGGCAGCACGCUGAUGAAGGCCUAUAUUCAAAGAAUCAGGGAAGCUAUGAUUGCGGAUCGCAUUGUCCUGAUUGCCCACGAUCAUUUAGUGCCAUAUUAUGAGUCAUUCGGGUUCGAAAACCGAGGUCUCAGUAAGUGCCAGUUUGGUGGUGGAGGCUGGACUGAUAUGGUUUUGGAGUUCAAUAGUGAAUAAGCAGUCUGGACUUGUCUCUUUAAGGACCGGCAUUCUUUCGUGAAAGUCGUCGUGGUUUCCCUUUCUUCUUCUUCUUCCUCUUCUUCUUCUUCUUCUUCUUUUUUUUUGCUUUUUCUUCUUUAAUUUUCCUUUCAUGUUUGACAUGUUCUGUUUUCAUUCCCAUUCGUUGCAUGUUCAUGGAUUAUACUCUGGAUUUGGUCUUACAGGGCGGGUUAUAAACUUCAAAAGGAAUGGAGUUCUGAUGGGCGGGGCUACGAGGAUACGAUCUGCUAUGAUAUGAUGACCGGAUUGGUUGGGUCAGGGCAGGCAUCAGUUUUUAUCAUAGAAGCAUUUCCGCCGGUAGCUAGGUAGUCAAUAUAGGUAUAUGGUAUUCACAUGAAUUCCCUCGUGAAUUUGUGAGGUUAUUCAACUCGCC